AUGUACUUUGGCAAAAUUCUGAAGUUUGACAUGUUGAGGGCAGCAAUAGUGAUGAAAUGUACUGCAGUGUGCCUUGUGGCACUGGCCUUGCAUGUCAGCUUAUGUGAUGCUCAAUGGAACCCUCGUUCUAACAAUCUGCAACCUGCAUACCCAGCGCUACAGCCUAGCAAUACUUCUCCAAUUCCACAACAGACAAAGCAGACAUUUGAGAAACCACUCACCUGGAAAUACCCUAUAGUAGCCCCGUCUGAGGCCCCAGUCGUGGUGCCUUUCGAGCUGAGAUAUCCUGUUUCUGCUGCAACUGUUGCUGUUGAGUGCAAAGAGAAGGUUGCUCAUGUGGAAGUCAAGAAGGACAUGUUUGGGAUUGGCCAGUUAAUCAAUCCUUCCGACAUUUUCCUGGGAAACUGUGCUCCUAUUGCAGAGGACCCUGUUGCUAAAGUGUUGAUUUUUGAAGUGGCACUGCAAGAUUGUCAAAGCACAUUAACGAUGAAAGAAGAUUCCCUCAUCUACAGCUUCACUCUGAACUAUGUUCCCCAUCCUCUGAGCAUUGCUCCUGUGGUGAGGACUACCCAAGCUGCUGUAAUUGUGGAGUGCCACUACCAAAGGAAGCACAAUGUGAGCAGCCUUCCUCUUGACCCCCUGUGGAUCCCAUUCUCUGCGGUUAUGGUAGCAGAUGAAUUCUUAUACUUCACCCUGAAACUCAUGACGGAUGACUGGCAAAAUGAGAGGCCAAGCCAUCAGUAUUUCCUGGGAGACAUUAUAAAUAUUCAGGUUACUGUUAAGCAGUUCUUCCAUGUGCCGCUCAGAGUUUAUGUGGAUACCUGCGUAGCUACUCUGUCAGCUGACGCAACCUCCACCCCUAGCUAUGCCUUUAUUGAUAACUUUGGGUGUUUGGUGGAUGCUAGAAUCACAGGCUCUCUCUCUAAGUUCAUACCUCGUGUUGCAGACAACAAGCUUCAGUUCCAGUUGGAAGCCUUCAGAUUCCAGGGUGUUGCCAGUGGAGUGCUCUACAUUACCUGCCACUUAAAAGCGACAUCCGCUAACGUUGGCAUCGAUGCUACACGUAGAGCUUGUUCCUACAUCAAUGGUUGGAAGGAGGCCAGCGGAGUUGAUGCAGCUUGUGGUUCCUGUGAAUCUGCUUCAUUUGGACCACCUGGCAGCUCAACUGGUGCUGGCGGCGGUGGCAGCUCAACUGGUUAUGGCGGCGGUGGCGGCUCAACUGGUUAUGGCGGAGGCUCAACUGGUUAUGGCGGCGGUGGCGGCUCAACUGGUUAUGGCGGCGGCUCAACUGGUGCUGGCGGCAGUGGCAGCUCAACUGGUUAUGGCAGCGGCUCAACUGGUGCUGGCGGAGGCUCAACUGGUUAUGGCGGCGGUGGCGGCUCAACUGGUUAUGGCGGCGGCACUAAGACUAAUCCUUCGAGAACGGGUCGAGAUGUUUCCCAAAGGUUCGAAUGGGAAGGUGAUGUCAUGCUGGGUCCCAUCCAUAUUAGAGAAAAGACAAAACAUAAUUAAAGAGUAAGAACCAGAAAAAAAUGAAAGUAUAACUUGCUUUACAUUGCCCUCUGUGUUAUGCUAAAUGUUACAUAAUGGAUUACAUCUGGAUGGAAAUAAAAAAUGCAAUUGUG